AUCAAAACAAGAAGAGGAACAACGAAAAAAGUGGUUUCAUAACAACAACCACCAGCCACAACAAUACAGAAAAUUGUGUGAUCAAAAAACACAGGAAAAGAUAAAAGGUCAAUUUGUCCAAGUUUCACCGCAGUUUAUCUAUUUUAUAUUCCGUGCUCAUCGGCAAGGUUUAAGCUUCUGGUUUGAGAUGGGCAGUGCAAAGUUCAAAUUGACUUGAAGUCGUCGUUCAACGCUCGAAUGAAAAAUGAGAUAGAUGCGGAUACGGUUUGCUUACUAACGGAACCCACCCCGCAGCUAUGGCCACUUCGAGACCUAGCAUCACCGAGUACCAAAUGCUGGAGCAGAUUGGGAGCGGUUCGUACGCGACCGUUUUCCGUGCCAUGCACAAGGCCUCGAAGGAGAUCUACGCCGUGAAAUGUGUGGAGAAGGGAACGCUGUCGAAAUCCGCCGUGGACAACAUCGUGACGGAGAUUAGCCUGCUGAAGAAGCUCAAGCAUCGGCACAUUGUGGAGAUGAAGGAUUUUCUGUGGGACGAUCGGUGCAUUUACAUUGUGAUGGAGUUCUGUAAUGGGGGAAGCUUGUCCGGAUAUAUAAGGCAGCGCCAAAAGCUUAGCGAGCUUACUUGCAAGAUAUUCCUGAGGCAGCUGGCGUCGGCUUUGAGGUACAUGCGCGAAAAUGAUGUCAGCCACUUCGAUUUGAAGCCACAGAACUUGCUGCUGAUGAAGAGCAAUGGGAGCGCUCCGAUGCUGAAGGUAGCCGACUUUGGAUUUGCGCAGCAUUUGAAGCUAGGGCAGGAGAACACGCUGAUUAAGGGAUCGCCUCUCUAUAUGGCUCCGGAGAUUCUGCUGAAGCAUUGCUACGGACCAUCGGCGGAUUUGUGGAGCAUUGGGGUGAUCUUGUACGAGUGUUUGUUCGGCAGGGCGCCCUACAGCUCCAAGACAUUGCAGGAACUUUUGGACAAGAUCCGGAGAGAGAGGCGAAUAGAACUUCCGAAAGCGCCGAAGAUUUCUCCGGAAUGUGAGGAUUUGCUGUGCAGAUUACUCCAACGCUCACCGGACGACCGAAUCACGUUUGAGGAGUUCUUCAAGCAUGCAUUUUUAGACUUAAAACAUGCCCCUUCAGAGCAGAAUCUCGAGAAGGGAAUCGCACUCAUUAACGAAGCCAUCGAAUUGGACAAGAAGCAAGAUUAUGACGCUGCGUACGGAAAGUACUGCAAGGGCCUUCAGUACUUUGUCCCUAUCAUCCACGCCGAAACUGACCCGGAAAAGAAGAACAUUCUCCGGCAACGCGUUCAUACCUAUCUGAACCGCGCCGAAGAGAUCAAACAUUCCUUUCAGCAAGAAGACCCAGUCAAACCAUCUACUUCUAAACCUCUGAACCGAACUCCAUCGCGAGUCUCCCAGAUCCAGAGGGCUCUCCAGCCAACCGAUCUGUACCAGCAACUCAUAAACCUGGCUUCGUCCAGUCCGGACCUUAAAUCCGCCCUGGAAAUCGGACGUCAAGCGGAACUCUACGCCCUGGAGAACAAACUGGACGUCGCGUUGGAGUCGUAUAAAACCGUACUCGGUGCCUUGAUGCCGCUGUUGGCCGAAGAACCACGCGGAUCCAAACGGCGGGAGCUGCUCCACCAGCAAAUCGUCCGCUGGAUGGAGGAAGCGGAACACAUUAAAUCCGUUCGCUCGGCGCAGAUCCUGGAGGAGAUGGAGAAUGGUCCGGCCGCUCAUUACAAUUGCUGCUUGCAGUGAAUAGUAGAAUAUGCAUCGUAUACACAUUCACGUUUUACACGCUUUCAUUCAUAUAGUUGUUAUGGCUUUAGCUUUGAUUGUGACAUUACAUUUUAAAUAAAAUCGUUUAGACAAUGAUUAUCCUACUCUAGAAAUGUAA